CGCUUCACUUCAUCAUCAAUCACAGCGCUCAAUGGUUCUGCUUCUUCUCAUCACUUAUCUGCUUUGACUGUUUGCCGGCGACGGGAAAUCUGGCUGUCCUAGAACCUCCGAACUUCUCGAUUUCAGUUUCCGGCGACUGAGGUAUUUCAAAAACAGAGCCUCAUUUUCUCUUUAAUUCGUAUUUAGGAACGAUGCCGAACCCUAGGUCUUACCGGAAAGGGACGGAGGAUAAGACUCGGAAGGGGAAGCUUACAGAGAAGUCGUCGUCGUUCCACGGAGAGAGUUUGAAGACGACGACGACGCUACGGCGGCCCAAGACGGAUCCGGAGUUGUUGUCGUUCAAGAAUUUAGAUUUAUCAGUGGCGUCGCUGAAUGGACGGCCGAAGAUGACGAAAUUACUCCUCAACGUGACGAUCCAGGGUAUCCUAGGGCCAGUACAGGUGUUGAUGUCGUCGGAGAUGACCGUCGCCGACCUUGUAGCGGCUACCAUACGCCAAUACAUGAAGGAAGGCCGUCGGCCGAUUUUGCCGACUGUAAAUCCUUCCGCCUUCGAUCUUCAUUAUUCGCAAUUCAGCUUAGAAAGUUUGAACAAGGAGGAGAAGCUAAUCGCCUUGGGAUCGAGAAACUUCUAUCUGUGCCCUAGAAAAUCGAAGAACAGCGACGAUUUAAUAGCGUCUCCAUCGUCGUCCUGCUCGACACAAGCCAAAGAAAGCGCGAAGAGUUCCAGCAAUUUCAGUUGGUUCAAAUUCAUCGAUUUCCAGAUUUAGUUACCGCCACACAUCGAAUCGAUUCAUAAUUUUCAAUCCGCCACUGUGAAAAAUCAUCUUCAAAUUCUCUAUUCCAUAUAAGUUCGGAAUUAUCUCCACUUUGCAAUUGUUUGGUUAGAUUAUUACCGGAAUUCGAUCGAGCCAAGGAAAGGGAACAUUUCUGCAACUCUGUUCUUCGCUUGCGUGCUCGGAAUCGACACCGGAAACUUUCAAUUUUCAAUAUGUAAAUAAUAAUAGUUUCGAUGUGGAAACUAAGAUUUUCCUGUGAAGAGUAGAAAUUAUGUGAAUUUCUUUUAUCGAAUUCAA